GAAAUUCUCAGAAAAAUUCCUUGCAAAGUUUUUGUUUCAAUUUUCAGCCCUAAGCCCAUCAUCGUCGUCGUCGUCUCUCUCUCUCUCUCUCUCUCUCUCUCUCGCCUCGCUACCGCCUCAAUCUAAUCUCUCUCUCUCUGGAUCAUCCCCUCUAUUUCUCUCGCUCCUUCGCUGUUCGUGAUCAAUAGCUGUCUCCGCUGCUCGCUCAAUCAGCGAAGCUUCCUUCCUCCGGUGGAAUAGAAAUCGGAAUCUCUGAUUGGUUCUCGGGAUUGGAUUGGGUUCCGCAAUUGUGCUCGGAAUUCCUGAUUUGCGCUCAAAAUUAGGGUUUAUAGCGGCAUCGCCUAUGGCUCCUGGGCGUAAAAGAGGAGCGAGCAAGGCCAAGGCCAAGGGGCAGUUAAUUCUCGGUGAUCUGGUUCUUGCCAAAGUCAAAGGCUUCCCUGCUUGGCCUGCUAAGAUCAGCCGGCCUGAAGACUGGGAUCGUGCGCCAGACCCAAAGAAGUACUUUGUUCAGUUCUUUGGAACACAGGAAAUAGCUUUUGUUGCGCCGCCUGAUAUCCAAGCCUUCACUAGUGAGGCAAAGAGCAAACUGUUAGCAAGAUGUCAAGGUAAAACAGUCAAGUACUUUUCACAAGCUGUGAAGGAAAUCUGCACCGCGUUUGAGGAGUUGCAAGAUCACAAGUCGAAUGUUUUGGAUCCUCUGGAUGCUGCUGAGCCUGGUUUGACAAAGGCUGAGAUAGUGGAUGGAACAGAUCAUAUGGUCACCGAGUCUGAUGGCACUGAUCACUUUGAUUCUGGGGCGGAUCCUUGCUUCACCAAAUUAGAUAAGAGUAAUGGUGAAGAGGCAAAGGCUGAGAUAGGGAAGCGAGAUUCAUCUCCAUUUCUGGAAUCAAAGAUCACAACCACAUCCUCGGGUAGCGAAUCACUAGAGCAUGAUUCAUAUGACCCUAAAGUAAAGGAAGAUGAUUUUGAUGAAGGAACUGAUGGCGAUGGUUGCACUGAACAUUAUGGUAAGGGCCAAAAGAAUCUGGACAACGGUAAGAGUAUUAAAAAGGUAGCAGGUGGUUUGGACAAAAAAGGUGAAGAUGCUCGAGCGGCUAGUGGUAAAUCUGAUUCCAAAAAGUCCAAAGGCCUGUUGACAGAUAAAGCUAGCUCCAAAGUAUCUCGAGGUAAGCACGAAAAUUCACCUGACGUCAAAGGUGGGGUUGGUAAGAAAAGGAGGCUUGAAAGUGGACUAGGGAAGCAUGCUCCAAGAGUAGAUGAAAGCUCCCGUGUUGCUAAAAAGCCGCGAUGUGAAGGUGUGAAUGAUAAAGAAAAGUGUGAAUUUGAUGAUGAAUCUGAUCCUACGAGGACUGUAUCAGAUAGUAAGCGUAAUAUUGUUUUAGGAUUAAGUGCUAGUGGUGGAGAUUUACAGUAUGAUAAAGAAGUAGUUGCCUAUACAAAGCGUCGCAGACAAACAGUGGAACAUGCUACCUCUCCUCCUCUUUCUGAGUCUCGUGAUAAAUCAUGGAAAGGUCAACCGGAGCAGAAAGACCGUUCGUCUUCUGUAAGUGAUAAAUCUGGGAAAGGUCAACUGGAACAGAAAGACCGUUCUUCUUCUGUUAGUAGCGCUAAGGUCCCAGCUGCACAGUCGCUGAAAAAACGGAGGGCUGUUUGUAUCUAUGACGAAGAUGAGGACGAAGAUCCAAAAACCCCAUUACAUGGAAGACCAGCUGUUGUUCCGAAAGCAACAUCAGUUUUGACUGAUGGUCCUAAAAGUGCUAAUGUGACUCGCGAUGCUUCUACUAAAGCUAAGAUAUCUUCUGGAUCUACAGAGAGUACUGGACUGAGGAAAGCACCUUUGCGUAAACCUUGUGAGGUGAAUUCUACUAACAGCUUACCCAUUGUAAAACCCAUCAAUGAAUUGCCGCCGAAGGAUGUCAAGCAGGUCUUGCUAUCUCCUAAGAUGUCUCCUCAGCUGGUUUCAACUAACAAGCCCGUUGCAGGACAGCAUAAAGCUGCAAAAUCGUCUGUGAAAGUUUCUGGUGUUGUGAUGGCAAAUAAGCCUCAGAAUGAUUCGUGUAAGGAGGCAGUUGCGGGAUCUGAUAAAGUGAGCUCUUCUCAAGCUCAGCCAGCAAAUCAGAGACAUAAGCCAGCUUCAGUUGGAGAUAGGCCAACAGUGGCUUCAAAAGCUGCGUUACGUUCGAAUGAUGCUGGUGUUUCAAGAGACACUUCUGAGGACUUGUCUGCUGGCAUGCCUGAUCUCAAUCGAGAAAAUUGGAGUGCUCCAUUUAUCAGUGUGAAGACCCCAGAUUCGGCUGCAUCUAUGAAGGAUCUAAUUGCAGCUGCACAGGCCAAAAGAAAACUAGCACAUUCACAAAAUUCAGUUUUUGGGAAUUUGAACCCUAGUUUCUUAGGCAUCAGUGAUACACAGAUGAGCCAUAGUCCAUUUAUGGUUCAGACUGCUUCAGUUUCUGCUGCCAUUGCAAUGCCUUUAGUUGUUCAUGGACAUCAACAAGAUUCUUCUCCGUCAAAUCAUGGGCAUCAGUCAUCAAGAAAUCAAAACGAGACGGAUGAUAAUGAAGAGAGAAGACUAAGUUCAGGGCAUAAGUCAGUCGGAGGUUCACUUAGUGGUUGCACUGAGGCUGCUGUUUCUCGGGAUGCUUUUGAGGGCAUGUUAGAGACCUUAUCAAGAACUAAGGAUAGUAUCGGACGUGCAACACGCCUAGCAAUUGAUUGUGCCAAGUAUGGAAUUGCUAGUGAGGUGGUGGAACUUCUCAUACGAAAGUUGGAAAGUGAACCUCACUCCCAUCGUAAAGUGGACUUGUUCUUUCUCGUCGAUUCUAUCACCCAGUGUUCGCACAACCAAAAAGGUAUUGCUGGUGCUUCAUACGUUCCUACUGUGCAAGCUGCUCUGCCACGUCUAUUGGGUGCUGCUGCUCCUCCAGGGACCGAUGCUCGUGAUAAUCGUCGUAAAUGUCUGAAGGUUCUGAGGUUGUGGCUUGAUAGAAAAAUUUUCCCUGAAUCACUUCUGCGCCGUUAUAUUGAUGAUAUUGGAGCUUCUGGUGAUGAUGCAACCGUUGGGUUUUCCUUGCGACGUCCUUCUAGAUCCGAGCGUGCGGUUGAUGAUCCUAUCAGGGAAAUGGAAGGGAUGCUUGUUGAUGAGUAUGGCAGCAAUGCAACUAUUCAGCUGCCUGGUUUUUUUUCUUCUCAUACUUUUGAAGAUGAUGAAGAAGAAGACGAUCUUCCAACAUCACAAGUAGCAAAAAGCACAUCUGAUGGGGAACCUUUCAAUGCUUUAGACGACUUGGAAAUACGUGAUACGUCGAGUGAUAGACGUCAUCGAGUGUUGGAGGAUGUAGAUCGUGAGCUUGAAAUGGAAGAUGUAUCUGGUCAGCGCAAAGAUGUAGCACCUUCCUCUUUCUGUGAGAAUGAGACAACGGAGCCGUCACUGGAUGUUAGGCAACCGGUUGCAGAAAUGUCAACUAAGGAGCCUCCUCUUCCAGAGGAUUCUCCUCCGUUACCUCACGAAUCACCUCCAUCUCCCCCUCCUUUACCUCCUUCUCCCCCACCUCCAUCCCCACCUCCUCCGCCUUCAUCUCCGCCUCCAUUGCUGCCACCACCACCUCCUGCAGCGCAAUAUCCACCUCUUCCUCCACCUCCGUCUCAGCCUCCACCACCACCGCCCCUUUCACCUCCACCUUCACCGCCACCUCCACCUCCACCGCCUACACAAUCUAUGGCUUUACCACCAUCAUUGGCAACUCAACAAUCCAUAGCUAGCCAUCAUCAGUUACCACUUCAACUAGGAUUUCCUCCUCCAGCAUAUCCAUUACCACAUCAAACAUACCCAGGAUCUAUGCAGCAAGACCGCUGUAGCAUUUUCACUGGUGAUCAAAUUGUCCGAGGGCCUGGAAGCUCUUCACGUGGAAGUCAUGUUGAGGGCGCUGGAAAAACUGAAUUUUUCGUGCAGCAGUCAUCUAGUUUUUCUCCAGCAGGAGUGUGCAACUCCAGAGAGCCUGCAGCAUUUACUUCCAGACAACUAGAAUUUGGGAACAGCGAUGUACUUUUUAAUCGGGAAGCUUCUUCACAUAACCAACGGUUUCAGACGAGCACCCCUUUGUCCCAAAUACAUAUGGUUAGGAAGCUGCCUUCAGCACCGUCCAGUCAUUUUUCGUAUCCAGGCCAUGUUCAAUCACAAUCCCAGCAUUCCUACUCACAUCCUUACUCUUUCCAACAUCAACGCGAUGACGGACGGCCACAUAGAAAUGAGGAACCAUGGCGGAUGUCUUCAAGUGGACAUAGUGCAGAAAACCAGAGUGGUGCCUGGAUACGUGGAAGAAAUUCACAUCCAGGCCUUCCUAGAGUGACAGACAGUUUCUUUCGGCCACCUCCAGAACGUCCGCCUUCAGUGACAAUGAGCUAUCAGCCUUCUGCUACUAGUAACUUACAAGCUGUCCCUACAAUUCAAGGUCAUGCUGCUUCCCAGAUGCUACCAUCUCGGCCAGACAUGCCUAGCGCGAAUUGUUGGAGGCCAGCUUGAAGUAAAGCAGGAACAAGAGGCAUACAUUUCUAAACAAUUGUGAGUUCAGUCAGUCCAUUUUACAAGAAUCUCCAUAUUGAUAUCUUGUGCACUGCUGUUCUAAAGAAGUAUGUCGCAUGACUUGUGAGUUGCGAGAACAUAUCUUGUGAAAGGUGUUGAGCGGCUUACCGUGCAACAGGCUUUUGAUACAAAGUUGAACCACCUGGAGUGAUGACAAUCGUCGUGCUUGGAAAUCUGUGUGGAUUCUACUAGUCGGUCCUGAUCUGCUUAUGCAAAAAAGCUAUAGAUGUCGAAGUUCUGCGAUUGGUGCGGGAGCUGAGAGUUGCAGGUCUUCGGGAACGACUAGGCUUUCGAGUUUAGACGAUUGUGAUCUCCUCUUAGCAGCUGAGUUUCUCAAGUUCGGAGGUUAGUGAUUUCAUCACUGAUAAGAGAAAGUAAGUUACGUCCAGAUUAUUAGUUAUUGAGAAUGUGACGUUGUUUUACCAAACUAAUUAAUAAGGCUUGUUGAAAUUAACAGAGUUUAAAAUUCUUCAACUGAUCUUGUAACCAAAAAGAUUAUGUCUUUGAUCAAUUAAUCAAGUGAAUUCAAAGUUUUACUAAAAA